UUUGUCCAGCUCUAACUUAUAUCCAUCGACAACCAUGAAAUCAGGGUUUGAUAUUAAAGAGUUAGUUCAAGAAGCUCACAGCCGCUGGUUGAAGCCUGCCGAAGUACUCUUUAUUCUACAGAAUCAUGAGAAUCAUCAGAUCAUGCAAGAGGCCCCUCAAAAGCCAUCUAGUGGGUCUUUGUUCCUUUUCAACAAGAGAGUCCUUCGAUUUUUUCGUAGAGAUGGUCAUAUGUGGCGAAAAAAGAGGGAUGGGAGAACUGUUGGGGAAGCACAUGAACGGCUUAAGGUUGGGAAUGUUGAAGCUUUGAAUUGUUAUUAUGCACAUGGUGAGCAAAAUCCCAAUUUUCAGAGGCGAAGCUAUUGGAUGCUUGAUCCGGCGUAUGACCACAUCGUUCUUGUUCAUUAUAGAGAAGUCAGUGAGGGAAGGCACAAUGCUGGAUCACUCUCUUACCUGUCACCAGGCUUUUCUUCUACUCCAAGUCAGAGUACCACUCCUUGUACUGCCCAAAAUACUGGCUCUUUGUCUGGAACUAGUGAAUUUUAUGAAUCAUCUCGCAAUUGCAUUAGUCCAGGAUCUGUGGAAGUCAGUUCUGAGUCAGUUAUCAGUACUGAGCUGGAUCACUUGGAUCAAAUGGAGAGAUCGAGAGAGUUUAGUAGUUCAUCUGAGCCUGAGGUCAACCAAGCACUUCGAAGGCUUCAAGAGCAGUUAAGUUUGAAUGACGAUGACCUUGCAGAAGAACUUUCUUCAUACUGCACUCAGAUGGAGAAGACAAAAGAUUCAGGAAUCCUAGACUUUGAAAUGAAGGGCUCCAAACAGGACAAGUUUGAAGUUUUACCACAUGGACCAGAGUACAAAAUAUGUGAUCAGCAUUAUAGUUGGAAUGCUGGGGGGCUAGAGAAUUCAAACAACCACCAGUUGCUACAACAUACAGUUGACAGGGAACAUUUGGGUUCUGAAUAUACACUUGAGAAGAAGGAGUCUCUAUCAUGGAAAGAGAUGCUGGAAUCGUGUUCCACUUCAACUGGGUUUGAUUCUCGAGAGAAAUUCUCCAACAUAUCAGAUGGAAAUACACUUGAACAUGAAAAGCCUGUGUCGUCAGAAAGGGGGAGAAUCUUGGGAAGCCCAGUUGGACAACAGGAAACCUGGACUUCUCAGCGGUUGGAUUUUCAUGGUAAUAGUUCAGAAAAUAGGUUGAAUUACUACACUACUUCUGAGAGUGAUUCAAACAUGCAAAUGCAACUUUCAGUGGCUAGAGAGUUUCUAUUAGGCUCCGACAGUUCUCUUGUAUCACCAACUUCAACAGCACUGCCUCAAGUAGUAGAAAGCUCCAAAAGAUCUGCAUAUUCUUGGUCAAUGUGGUUUGACCAAGAAAAUCACCUUGAAGUUCCUCUUGAAGGACAUUCAAGUUUGUCCAUCGCACAGAAACAGAGAUUUACUAUUCAUGAAAUAUCACCAGAUUGGGGAUAUGCCACUGAGGCUACCAAGGUCAUUAUUAUCGGAUCUUUCCUUUGUGAUCCAUCAGAGUUUUCAUGGAAUUGUAUGUUUGGUGACACUGAAGUUCCUCUAGAAAUCAUUCAAGAUGGUGUUCUUCGUUGCAAGGCUCCUCCACAUGGUCCUGGAAAUGUCAGUCUAUGCAUCACAUGUGGCAAUAGGGAAUCCUGCAGCGAAAUCCGGGAAUUUACAUACAAUAUCAAGCAAGGGAGCUGUACUCACUGUGAUUUACCACAGAAAGAAGUAACUAAAAGCACAGAAGAACUGCUGCUCCUUGUCAGGUUUGCACAGAUGCUUGUGUGUGAUCCACUGGCUCAAAGAGAAGAUAGUGUUGAAUCAGGAAUUGAUGUACUGAGAAAAUUGAAAGUUGAUGAAGAUCCAUGGGGACAUAUUAUAGACACACUCUUAGUUGGUAGUGAGACUCCAUUGAGUACCGUGGAUUGGCUUGUUCAAGAACUUUUAAAAGACAAGUUGCAGUGUUGGCUUUUGUCCAAAUACCAGGCAGAAGGUGACACACUCGGCUGUUCCCUGUCCAAGAAAGAGCAACGGAUAAUACAUACGGUUGCUGGGUUGGGCUUUGAGUGGGCUUUAAAUCCAAUUCUUAACUCUGGGAUCAGUAUAAAUUUCCGUGAUGUUAAUGGUUGGACUGCUCUUCAUUGGGCUGCACGGUUUGGAAGGGAAAAAAUGGUUGCUGCACUUCUAGCUGCUGGUGCAUCAGCUGGUGCGGUGACAGAUCCCACCUCACAAGAUCCAACAGGUCAAUCUCCAGCAUCCAUUGCUGCUGCCAAUGGUCACAAAGGACUUGCUGGAUAUCUCUCAGAGGUGGCUCUAACUAGCCACCUUUCAUCUCUGAAACUGGAAGAAACUGAGCUUUCGAAAGGUGCAGCUGCUGUGGAGGCAGAACGAACUAUGGAGAAUAUCUUCAAGGAGAGCCUUGGUGCCACAGAGGAUCAGCUUUCACUCAGAGAUUCCCUUGCUGCAGUUCGAAAUGCAGCUCAGGCUGCUGCACGUAUACAAUCUGCUUUUCGUGCACAUUCUUUCAGAAAGCGGCAACAAAGAGAAGCAGUAGUAGCUUCUAGUGUUGAUGGUUACGAUAUCACUACAGACGACAUUCUUGAGCUUUCAGCUGCAUCAAAGUUGGCCUUUCGCAACCUUCGUGAUCAUAAGUUAGAUAAAGCAGCUUUGUCUAUUCAGAAGAAGUAUCGUGGUUGGAAAGGACGGAAAGAGUUCUUGGCAUUGCGCCAGAAAGUUGUGAAGAUACAGGCUCAUGUGAGGGGGCAUCAAGUCAGGAAGAAGUAUAAGAUGGUGUGGGCUGUUGGUGUUCUAGAUAAGGUUGUCUUGAGGUGGCGUCGGAGAGGAGUUGGUUUGCGAGGGUUCCGGCCCGAAUCAAAAUCUGUUGAUGAAAGUGAAGAUGAGGACAUCCUUAAGGUAUUCCGUAAGCAGAAAGUUGAUGUGGCUACUGAUGAAGCUGUAGGUAGAGUUAUGUCGAUGGUUGAAUCCCCUCAGGCACGUCAGCAGUAUCGUCGGAUGCUGGAAAGCUACCAGCAAGCCAAGGCUAAAUUGAGUGGUGCAGCAAGUGAAGCGACAUUAACUCCUCAAUGCAAUUUUGAUGACAUGGAAAAUGAUUACAUGUACCAGUUCCCAUAGGUUGUUCUGAAUUACCUUAGCUUUUGAUCCCUCCAUAUGCCCAACUUUGAAGCUCACCUCAUACGUGUCAACUGCAUUCACUUGUACAUAUAUUCAUGUUGGUUCAGGGUUUGUUACUAAUGACUCUAAUUUAUAGAUCUGGUAGUUGAAUUUGUGCCCAUUUGUUGAUGGUGUAAAUGAUUGUAAUUGUUGUAAAUGGUUUUUCAAUUGUAAUUGCUGAUUUAGUUUGUUAAUACUCUGGAGGUUCAUGGUCACU